AUGAGGUCUUCUGUCCUGUUCCUGGGUGCUGUGGCAGCCAGUGUACUGGCUCUGCCCACGGCGCAUGAAUAUGAAGUGCACGAGCGCCGUGAUUACAUCCCAAGCUCCUGGGUCGAGCGCAAGAGAUUGCACGGGUCUGCAUCGCUACCCGUCCGCAUUGGGCUGACCCAGAACAACCUGGACUAUGGCCAUGAGCUAUUGAUGGAAAUGUCGAAUCCCGCCUCGGACAAUUACGGCAAGCAUAUGACCGCAAGCGAAGUGCAUGAUCUAUUUGCUCCCAGCCAGGACAGUGUGGACAGCGUGCGCGACUGGCUCGAGUCGUCGGGCAUCGCAUCAAACCGGAUCUCCCACUCGACCAACAAGCAAUGGAUUCAGUUCGAUGCCGAUGCGGAAGAGCUUGAGAAGCUUCUCAACACCGAAUACUACGUUUACUCUCACUCUGAGACAGGCCGGCCGCACGUCGCCUGCCGCGAGUACCAUGUCCCGCGCUCAGUGCGUCAGCACGUGGACUACAUCACCCCUGGUAUCACACUGCGUGAGGUCACCGGCCUGGGCAAGACUAGUAGUGGCAACCUGCAGAAGCGUCGGCAGAAUGGCGAGCCCCCUAUCAUCGGUCCCAUUGCCAAGCCUAUUGAGCAGCUGCUCGGCGGUCUUCUCGAUUUUUGUGAUAUUGCUGUCACACCUCAGUGUAUCAAGACUAUGUACAACAUCACCGAUGGAAAGAAAUCCACCAAGGGAAAUGAACUUGGUAUUUUCGAGGGUCUUGCCGAUGUGUACUCUCAAGAGGAUCUGGAUCUGUUCUUCUCGACCUUUGCCAAUGAGAUUCCGAGCGGCACUCACCCCAUCCUGAAGGCCGUCGAUGGUGCCAAGGCACCUGCUCCGAUCCUGAGCGCCGGUCCCGAGUCGGACUUGGACUUCCAGAUUUCGUAUCCCAUCAUCUGGCCCCAGAACUCCAUUCUGUUCCAGACUGAUGACAUGGUCUAUGAGAGCAACUACACUUUCCGCGGGUUCCUGAACACCUUCCUCGAUGCGAUCGACGGCUCUUACUGUGACACCAUCUCGCCCCUGGAUCCUCCUUACCCCAACCCCCAGGAGGGUGGCUACAAGGGCUCCCUGCAGUGCGGUGUCUAUGAGCCCCCUAAUGUGCUCUCCAUUUCGUACGGAAGCGCCGAGGCCGAUCUCCCUAUUUCCUACCAGCGUCGCCAGUGCAAUGAGUUCAUGAAACUUGGUAUGCAGGGUGUGUCUGUCGUGGUGGCUUCCGGUGACUCUGGUGUUGCCGGUCGCCAAGGCGACCCAACCCCGAGCAACUGUCUUGGUGAGGAUGGCAAGGUCUUUGCUCCCGACUUCCCUGCCUCGUGCCCUUACAUGACCGCCGUGGGAGCUACCGUUAUCCCCUUGGGUGGCAGCUCCACUGGCCAUGAUGAGGUGGCCACUACCCGCUUUGGCUCGGGCGGUGGCUUCAGCAACAUCUACAAGCGUCCCGACUAUCAGAACAAGGCCGUGGAGGAUUACUUCUCCAAGGCUAGCCCCAGCUACAAGUACUACGAGAGCGUCGACAACAGCAGCUUCGCCGCCAAUGGCGGCAUCUACAACCGCAUCGGUCGUGGCUACCCCGACGUCUCGGCUAUCGGUGAUAACGUUGUGAUCUACAACACCGGUCUGCCCCAGUCGAUCGGCGGUACCUCCGCCUCGGCCCCGGUCUUUGCGGCCAUCCUGACCCGAAUCAACGAGGAGCGACUGGCGGCCGGCAAGUCGACUGUCGGCUUCGUCAACCCCGUCUUGUACGAGCACCCCGAGGCCUUUUUUGAUGUCACUAGUGGCAACAACCCCGGCUGUGACACCAAUGGCUUUGAUGCCGCGGAGGGCUGGGACCCUGUGACUGGACUGGGAACCCCCAACUACCCGGCUUUGUUGGAGGUCUUUAUGAACGAGUAG